UUUUUUCCUUGUCUAAUUAUUGACGUUGUCAUCCUCUUUUGACAUUUAUCAUUUCUCGUACAAUUAUUCUACCGAGGGGUGUGUAUCUAUCGAAAAACUAAAACUAAUUCACAAUUAUUUGUCGUUAAUACUCAAUAAAAUGAAUAAAAUGGACGGUUUCGGUGACAACUUUACUGGUAAUGAUGUCGAAGUUGAUCCAGCAGCUGAAUUCCUAGCUCGGGAGCAAGACCAGUUGGCUGGUCUCGAAGAUGAUAUUCCACCAGUUGCUAUGACUACAUCUGUACCAAUAAUUUCAGCUACUGAAGAUGAUUUAUCUGGUAACUUUGAAAAUAUGACAGUCGAAUCCGGUGGAAAUGGUACUACUACCGGUAGCUUCGAGAUGAUUAAUACUAUUGAUCAACCUACUGAAUCAGUUUCAACGCCAGAACCUGUUGUCGCGAAAGAAGAACCUGAAAAAAUAAAAAAAUGGCGCGAGGAACAAGCUCAAAGACUUGAAGAAAAAGAUGCUGAGGAAGAAAAAAAGAAAGAAGAAUGGAAGAAAGCUGCCAAGAAAGAACUCGAGGAAUGGUACAAACAUCAUGCUGAAACAACUAGUAAAACUAAAGCAACUAACAGAAACGCUGAAAAACAAUUCGUAGCCGAAGCAGGAGAAGUCGAGCCAGGAACCGAGUGGGAGCGUAUCGCGAAACUGUGCGACUUCAACCCAAAAUCGUCGCGGAUAUCCAAAGACGUAUCGCGUAUGCGAUCAAUUAUUUUACAACUUAAACAAACGCCUCCAGCCACUACAUCAAUGAACGCUUAACUUGUUUUAUUAAACAACUCACAAAAACAAUAACAAUAAUUAAAUUAACACUAAAUAUAUAUAUAUAAUCUAAUAUUAAUAAUAAAAAUACGUUCCAUUUUA